GGCUGUUAAAUUUUAAACUGCCAUGCACUCCACUUCCAGUAUGCUGGGAGCGGUGAAAAUGGAAGGCCAUGAGCACACGGACUGGAGCAACUACUACGGGGAGCCCGAGAGCUACUCCUCGGUGAGCAACAUGAACGCGGGGCUGGGCAUGAACAGCAUGAACACGUACAUGACCAUGUCGGCCAUGAGCACCACGGCCAACAUGACGGCCGCCACCUCCAUGAACAUGUCCUACGCCAACACGGGCAUGAGCCCCUCGCUGGCCGGCAUGUCCCCGGGCGCGGGGGCCAUGCCCGGCAUGGGCUCGGCCGGCGUGGCGGGGAUGGGCGCCCACCUGAGCCCCAGCAUGAGCCCCAUGGGGGGCCAAGCGGGCUCCAUGAACGCCCUGGCCCCCUACACCAACAUGAACUCCAUGAGCCCCAUCUACGGGCAGUCCAACCUGAACCGCUCGCGGGACCCCAAGACGUACCGGCGGAGCUACACCCACGCCAAGCCGCCCUACUCCUACAUCUCCCUCAUCACCAUGGCCAUCCAGCAGUCGCCCAACAAGAUGCUGACGCUGAGCGAGAUCUACCAGUGGAUCAUGGACCUCUUCCCCUUCUACCGCCAGAACCAGCAGCGCUGGCAGAACAGCAUCCGCCACUCGCUGUCCUUCAACGACUGCUUCCUCAAGGUGCCGCGCUCCCCGGACAAGCCGGGCAAGGGCUCCUUCUGGACGCUGCACCCCGACUCGGGCAACAUGUUCGAGAACGGCUGCUACCUGCGGCGCCAGAAGCGCUUCAAGUGCGAGAAGCAGCUGGCGGCCAAGGACGGGGGCGGCGCGGGCGGCGGCGCGGGCGGCGGGGGCAAGAAGGGGCCCGGGCAGCCCCCCAGCCAGCCCCUGGGCGAGGGCAGCUCCUCGGGGGGCUCCGAGGGCUCCGGCGGCGCCGAGUCACCGGCCAGCGCCUCGCCGUGCCAGGACCACAAGCGCGCCCUGGCCGACCUGAAGGGCCCGGCGGGGCUGAGCCCCGGGGAGCCGUCGGCCUCGCCGGGCCAGCACCUGCUGGCCCCGCCGCACGCCGGGCUGCCCCACGACGCCCACCUCAAGCCCGAGCACCACUACGCCUUCAACCACCCCUUCUCCAUCAACAACCUGAUGUCCUCCUCGGAGCAGCAGCACCACCACCACCCGCACCACCACCACCCCCCGCACCACCACCACAAAAUGGACCUGAAGGCCUACGAGCAGGUGAUGCACUACUCGGGCUACGCCUCGCCCAUGCCCGGCAGCCUGGCCAUGGCGCCCGUAACGAACAAACCCGGCUUGGAGUCCUCCCCUUUAGCCGGAGAGACUUCUUACUACCAAGGUGUGUAUUCCCGGCCCAUCAUGAACUCCUCCUAGGCUGGGGAGCGGCGGAAAAAGCCGCCCCCGGAGAGAGGGGGGGAAGAGCCCUCCCCGCGCCCCCCCCCCCCGCGGCCCCCCGGCAGCGCGGUGGACUCUGAGCGCUGGCCAGCACGGUGCAUAUACAUACAUAUAUCUAUCUAUUUUUUUUUUUUCCUGUUGGCUCCAGAUGUUUGCAUCCCUUCGGGAAGCGGCAGCCGUGUGUCUCUCGCGGGCCCGUGCCAAGGGCAGGCGUGUCGGUCACACCCCCCCCCCUCCUCCCCGGCCCAAAGCCACCCGGGGGGGGCUGCGAUUCCCUCGGUUUGCCUGGUGGGGUGGUUCGUUUCGGCGGGGAGGGCGGGUUGGGGGGCUCGGGGAUGGGGAGAAGGGGGUUCUCUCGGGCUUAUUUUUAUUUUUUUCGUUGUCGUCGUCGCAAGGAGGUAUAAAUAUAUCUAUUUUUCUGUGUGGAAGCGGUGGGGGCAAAGUAAAAACCCCCGCGAGGAAAACGAGACCCUCCUUCAUUGUGAAACCCGCGCUAGUUUGGAAUCCGAGGACCAAAAGUCUUGUAAUGUUGUAAAAAGGGGGGGGGAAAAAAGGGGGGAGGGGGGAAGAGAAAAAACAUACGAAAAAAUAAUAAUGAUAAUAAUAAUAAUAAUAAUAAAAUAAAAAAAAAAAAGGCAGGAUAGAUCGUUGUAAUUGAAACAAACGCUUGAUGUUACCGGGA